CGCCAACAUACGACUACAUAUAACGCGAAAGUUCGUUCACACCGUCACUGAAGGAGAUGGUCGCCUUUACUGCUCCACAUUUGCAUCUGGCGCAGUCGAUAGCAUUUCGCGAGGUCCUCCGCUGAUUCCAACAUGAUGGCAACAGACAACGCCACAACAAUUGCUGGAAGCGUUGAGAGCGAGACGAGUUCACGUCAUGACUCCGCUCGUCCUUCGCUCGACCAGCGUAACAGUUUCGCCGCUCUUAUCAACGGGAUCAAUGCCAUCUUAGGCUCAAGUGACGGCAUUGAUAGUGUCCGUGUUGACAUCACUGAGCUCAAAGAUGUCAUGAGAGCGUACGUCGGACCUGAUUGUGAAUGGGCGAGAUAUGCGUUUGCAGACGACACGCGGAACUACACAAGAAAUCUUGUAGACAACUGCAAUGGCAAAAGCAACCUCUUGAUCUUGGUAUGGACACCAGGCAAAGCAUCUCCUAUUCACGACCACGCCGACGCCCAUUGCGUCAUGAAAGUUCUGAAAGGCUCGCUCACAGAGACAGUCUAUGGGUGGCCUUGCGAGCUCCACGAGAGUGAGGCUCUGUGUAGCGUAAGCCAGUCGCUGAUUGUUCCGAGCACCCAUCAUACCUGCUCCGCACGUGCCGAAAUCCUACAGCCUCAUGCACUGCAAGUGAAGAGACAAACGACACUCGAACAAGGCGAGGUGACGUAUAUGAGCGACCAGCUAGGUUUACACAGAGUUAGGAACGCCAGUAAAUCCGAUGUCGCCGUGAGCCUUCACUUGUACACUCCUCCAAAUGCAGCGAACCACGGUUGCCACAUAUUCGACGAACGGACUGGAAGCAAGAGUCGCGUGGAGCAGUGUCACUUCUACUCUGAGUUCGGUGUAAGGAAGUAGUUGGGCGUGCUACGAAGGCUCAGCAUCGUCGACGUGCCUGUGGAGCGUAUGGCGUCUGGUGUCGCGGCUUAUGUCCACGGCUUGUCGCAGUCUGGCAACCUUGCUGAAUGCAUCUCAAUCAUUGCUGCUCAGCUCAGCCAUAAAGGCCAUGUUUACGACGAAGGUUCUUCGUCAGGCAUGCGAGCUGUGAAGCCUGGUUUACGCUGACAAUGUAGCAUUGCGCAACUCGUACUUCAAGGCUGCUCUUGGGACAGCCUUUCGUAGUCGGCCGGGUGAACAGUUCGGCGUCGUGUCCCAUGCGACCACCCGUGCCACCGUUCGGUUAAGGGUGCUUUCACAGCGUUCCCAAUCAUGAGAGUAGGCGGCAACGUCAGCAAUACUUCGAUAAUCAGCCUUCAAUCCUGCCACCAGUUGACAGAACGACCUCCCGAACAUCAUCUUUGAUAUCCGGGAUAGCACUCAUCAUCUCCCUCCCAAGAACAUCCC